AUGGACCACCAUCCUGAGAUCGGCCUUGGCCUCAAGAUGGACGGACCCACACACUUUUCGGACCUCACCAAUCUGGCUGUAUCUCCGCGCAACGCGACGGUCAAUGUGCACCAGAACAUUGAGUCGGGCCAGCACGCCAACGACGCUUUCGCCCACCAAAAUCACAUGAACAUGGCACAUGGUGCGUCCUACGAUCCCGGUCCGCAAAACGCUUUCAUCAAGCAUACUUCUACAAGUCUCAAUGUCUUCUCCGAGGCUCACCUAGACACUGAGAAUGUUCAAUCCGGCAAUAAGCCAGGGCCUCCGCAGCAUCAGCAACAUACACAGGCUAGUGAUGCGGAUUCCCAAUCCGAGAACGUGCAGUCGACUGGUCUUGCUCAGGCUUUUGGCUUCAACGAAGACUCUCAAACCUCCCACCAGCAGACGUCGGCGCAGGCCAACCAGGCUGCAGACCACUUUAUCGGCUCCUCCAUCCGAUGUUCGGACUCGCAGGCUACUGUCCAAGCUGAUGCAGAAGCUGGAGACAACGAUUGCCUGACUCAUGUCCCUCACGAUCAAGCCAGUGCGGCGGCCUCCGUGCAGCACCAGCUGGAUCCUUCACCUGCUGUCAAACGGCAUCAAUUCAACUCGUACCCUUCGUCACCUCAUCCGCAGACGGAUCUACGUUUCCCUGACAGCGGAACAAGACCUGGCGGUGGUCGUCAAGUCGCUUCGCAUAGACCCAGCCAUAGCCUGGGUCAGGCCGCUGCUUUCAUGUCGAGUGUUUCUGCUCGCGAAUUGUUUGUCCAAAACCAUGUCAGCGCACCCGUAUCGCCAUCAGAGGGCAUGAGCGCCGGUCCCUUCCCUACCCUCUUUCAAUAUCCUGGACAUCGGCAGGAUCUAGGUCUUGGCAUGGCCGAACAUGGUCACAUUUCUGCGCAUGGAGGCACCAGCAAUGGCCCUCGACACCAGGCCAAUUUUGCUGCAUCGAGUGCACCAUCGGCCAGGUCCACCUCGCCCUCGGCCAGCCUGGCUUCGACGUCUUUGACCUCCAUCUCACCCCUGGGCAGCGCUCGUAUUAAUCACGACGGGUCUUUUACCUCGCAAGAGUGCUCCUUUGACAGUUUGUCAAACACUGCCUCGGGCUCUUUCAGUCGUGCUUCAUCGGCUUCGGAAGACGUCUUUUCGUGCGAUCUUGGCUCGCUUGGUCUAGCUUCUUCUCUGCGCAUGUCGAAGCAGAAGAAAAAGCUUCGCAACAUCGAUCGUAAGAUGAUUUGCGACUAUUCUGCCGCCAAUCCCCAGGUGAAGCAGGAUGCCAUCGCUGUUAAAUUUGGCAUUGAACGUAGCACUGUCAGCAAGAUCCUCAAACAGAAGGAGAAAUGGCUCGCCAUUGAGCCCGGCAGCGACGCAGCUCGCAUCGCCAAACACCGGGCUGUCAAGUUUCCCGCCGUCGAGGAUCGUCUGACCACCUGGGCCGCCGAGCUCAAGGCGCGCGGUGAGGUCAUCCGUGACUCGACGAUCCGCCAUGAAGCUCUCCGCAUUGCACGCGAGCUGGGUCUCGGCGAAGACAAGUUCAAGGCCUCAGGUGGUUGGAUCGAAAAGUUUAGGGACCGAAACCAGAUCCUCAAGCCUCAGUCCCGCGGCACCAAUAAUGCAGAAUCGGAUGUAGCUGGGCUUAUGGGGGGAGUCACGCCUUCGGCAAGCAGCAGUGACAUGUCUCUGGCGCUGAAACCAGAAGAUUCUUCUGAUACGUCGAAGGCUUCGAGCAUGAGUACGGCCGAUCCGUCAGGAAGCACUGAAGUCCAAUCUCCCACUGCUCGACGCCAAUCUGGACGAAACAUCAAGGCAAAGGUCACACCUCAAAAGCGAGCUAGAGACGAGCUGGAAAAGACACAGGCGAUCCUAGGCAUGUCACCGCUCAGCCAAGAUUUGGCCCGAAUGCACUUCCAAAGUGGCUACCCUCCGGCACCGAUGCCCCACCCUGCCUUCUUCCGUCCCGACAUGUACAUGGGACAUCAAUCAAUGCCGCCACCGCCUGUUCAGAACUACGCAGUCGUGUAUCAGAGUCAUGAUGGCGUUUCAGAUCAGCAUCAGGUCACGGAGGAAGAUGCAGAGUCGGAUCGCAAGCGGAGACGAGCCCUUGAGGAAUUCCAAGCUAACCAGGCGCAGAUGGCUCUAGGUCCUGCAAUCGAUUUUCAGUUUGCUGAGGCGUCCGCCUCGUCGUCUCAGAUCCACUUCUUAGGCCAAACCCACGAUGCUCACAGUGAAGAAGUUACACCCUCGCCAAAGAACACCGCUCGAGGCCGACGAAGCGCAUCCAAGCCGUCCGCUGGCGCUAGUCGUGGACGCUCGCAUCGGGGCAAAGGGCGUCUGUCCAAUGCCAAUCAUACACCUCAAACACCCUCACCUCUAUCCAUGUCGCCGGCUGAUGCAGGUGCAGAGUCGAGCUUCCGUAAUCUCAGCGCUGCAGACGCAGAACAGCUCACAGCCGCUGCGCUGGAACGGAUUCGAGCGUUGCAGAAUUCCGGCGAGGGCUCAUCUCUUGUCACGGCUGAGCAGGCGCAGCAAUCUCUUGAGCUCGUUCUCAGGUUCCUGCGCGAGCAGCCGAGUGACUUUCUGCCGCCCAACCACUUCGUCGUGUUCGGGCAUCUUCAGGCUAACAUUGAGCAGAAGAUCCGAGAUCAGUCGACAGAUGACGAGACCCUCAACGAAGCUGGUGACUUGCAGACGUCGCGGUCGCAUUCAUCUUCGCGAUGUGGCGAAGCGAACAGCGAUGCUAUUGCCACAAGCAUCGAAGAGCAGCAAGGCCUCAAUACGCCUUCAUUUGAUGGGCCUUCGUCCUAA